GGGGGACACAAAAAACAAACUCCCUGCUAUCUCUUCAUCAAGCUGCACAGCUUGUGCCUGUCUGGGGAACAACUAUGUGAUUGUUAGCGUGUCGGUGUGGAAGAAAAACGCCCCUUCAGAGCGAAGAGCAGCGGAUGGAGACUUUCGUCCCUCAAAUCAUUUCCAACUCGGGACUUGAAGUGACGACGUCUCAUGCCGGGUGUCCGCUUCACUUUCCCCCCCCCAACUCUCUGUGGAUAUACUCUUGGGUGAACGUAAAGGGUUUGUUUUUUCCCUGUCAAGGAGGAAGACAUAAUAUUGGAUCUAUGAAAAAACCCACGUGGAUUUUUAUAAUCUUUUUAAACCAGAAGGAAUGCAUAUUUUUUUGUUAGUGAAACUAACUUUCCUGUUGUCGCUGAUAGGAGUAACACGAGGUCUGAGAUGCUCCAUGCCCACAGAGUCUUGUUUGAACCAGGGGAGGUGUGAAGCUACUCCAGAUGGCAAUGGAGAGUGCAAAUGCCGAGACGGAUACGUGGGGAGCAGGUGCCAGUUUCAUGAUCCGUGCAACAACGUGCCAUGUAUGAACGGAGGCACCUGUCGGGCCGUCUCCAAGGGAAACACGGUGGACUUCAACUGCACCUGCAAGGCGGGCUACUCCGACCGCCGUUGCAUGACGCCCAUCAAUAUCGCCUGCCUCAGCUCGCCGUGCCGCAACGGAGGCACCUGUGAGCCAGAUGGUCUGCUGAGGUUUAGGUGCCGCUGCCCACCUGGAUGGACAGGUAAAGAUUGCGCGACAGCCGACCCGUGUGCCUCCAACCCAUGUGCCAACGGCCAUUGCUCUUCUGUCGAUUCCACCUUCAUCUGCACAUGCACCCCGUUCUUCUUCGGACAAACCUGCAACCAAGACAUCAACGAGUGCGACACCAUCCCGCCACGCUGCAAAAACGGCGGGCUGUGCAUCAACGAGGUCGGAGGCUACAGGUGCCAGUGUCCUCCGGAGUUCACGGGGAAGCACUGCGAGAGCCGCUACCUGCCCUGCAACCCGUCGCCCUGCCUGAAUGGAGGCACCUGCAUCCAGAGGGGAGAAACCAGCUACGAAUGCUCCUGUGUGCCAGGAUUUUCAGGAAAGAACUGCAACCAUAACAUCGAUGACUGUCCGGGUCACGAGUGCCAGAAUGGGGGCACGUGUGUGGACGGAGUCAACACCUACAACUGCCAGUGUAAACCAGAAUUUACAGGCCAGCUCUGCCUGGACGAUGUCGAUGAGUGCCAGCUCAUGCCCAACGCUUGCCUGAACGGCGGCACAUGCCACAACACAUACGGCAGCUACCAGUGCGUGUGCGUGAACGGCUGGACCGGCGACGACUGCAGCGAGAAUAUUGACGACUGCGCCAGCGCGGCGUGCUACCAGGGAUCCACCUGCCAUGACCGCGUGGCUUCUUUCUACUGCGAAUGUCCCCACGGCCGCACAGGUCUGCUGUGCCAGCUGAAGGACGCCUGCAUCAGUAACCCGUGUAAAAAGGACUCCAACUGCGACACCAACCCCGUCACAGGAAAUCAUAUUUGUACCUGCCCUUCGGGAUUCAUCGGUCCUUCCUGUGAUAAGGACGUAGACGAAUGCUCUUUGGGUUCCAACCCGUGUGAGCACGCUGGGAAGUGCUUAAACACCAAGGGCUCGUUCCAGUGUAAGUGCCAGCGGGGGUACAUGGGAACGCGCUGCGAGCUGGACAUCAACGAGUGCAAGUCCAACCCGUGUAAGAAUGAAGCCACCUGCCUGGACCAAAUAGGAGACUUCCAAUGCAUCUGUAUGCCAGGCUACGAGGGAGAGUUCUGCGAGAUCGAUACGAACGAGUGCGCCACCAGCCCCUGCCUCAACAACGGCAAGUGCAUCGACAAGAUCAACGCUUUCGUCUGCCAGUGCCCCACAGGCUUUACUGGGAAUCUUUGCCAGAUAGACAUCGAUGAAUGUGCCAGUACACCAUGCAAAAAUGGCGCCAAGUGCACAGACGGGCCCAACAAGUACACUUGCAAGUGCACCGAAGGUUACACUGGGAGGCACUGUGAGACGGACAUCAACGAGUGUUACUCGAACCCAUGCCACUACGGCUCCUGCAUCGACGGCCUGGCUUCGUUCAGCUGCAGCUGCAACCCCGGGUUCACCGGCAGGCUGUGUGAGACCAACAUUAACGAGUGUCUGAGCCAGCCGUGCCGGAACGGAGGCACCUGCCUGGACCGAGAGAACGCCUACAUCUGUAGCUGCCCCAAGGGAACCACAGGAGUCAAUUGUGAAGUCAACAUUGACGACUGCAAGGGGAAUCUCUGUGACUACGGGACCUGCAUUGACAAAAUCAAUGGCUAUGAGUGUAUUUGUGAACCUGGCUACACUGGUACGAUGUGUAACAUCAACAUCGACGAGUGUGCCAUCAAUCCCUGCCACAACGGUGGCACCUGCAUCGACGAAGUCAACGGUUUCACCUGCGUUUGUCUGGACGGCUACCAGGAUCCCACCUGCUUCUCCCAAGUCAACGAGUGCCUUAGCAACCCCUGCAUCCACGGUCACUGCGAGGACAAAAUUAACGGCUAUAAAUGCCUGUGUGACUCUGGCUGGAGCGGCAAAAACUGCGACAUCAACAACAACGAGUGCGAGUCCAACCCUUGUAUGAACGGAGGGACCUGCAAGGAUAUGACCAGCGGUUACGUUUGCACCUGUCGGAUGGGUUUCACAGGACCAAACUGCCAGACAAACAUCAACGAAUGCGCCUCCAACCCCUGCCUGAACCAGGGGACCUGCAUCGACGACGUCGCCGGGUACAAGUGCAACUGUGUCCUGCCGUACACCGGAGAAAACUGUGAGAUCUUGAUGGCUCCCUGCAGCUCCAAACCCUGUAAGCAUGGAGGAAAAUGUCAGGAGUCGGAGGACUACCUGAGCUUUUCCUGUGUCUGUCCUGAAGGAUGGCAAGGUCAAGCAUGUGAAGUCGACAUCAAAGAAUGCGUGAAGAAUCCUUGUCGCAACGGAGCAACAUGCCAAAACACUUUGGGCAGCUACCGCUGCGGCUGCAAACCGGGCUUUACCGGACGCAACUGUGAGACCGACGUCGAUGACUGCAAUCCCAACCCCUGCAGCAAUGGAGGCCUUUGUAAGGACGAGGUCAACAGCUUCCUGUGUUCCUGCCUGCCCGGGUUCCGGGGACUGAAGUGCGAGGAAGACAUCAACGAAUGCGAGAGCAAUCCGUGCAGGAAUGGAGCCAACUGCACAGACUGCGUGAACAGCUACACCUGCACCUGCCCACCUGGCUUCAGUGGGAUCCACUGUGAAAAUAACACACCUGACUGCACAGAGAGCUCCUGUUUUAAUGGAGGAACUUGCGUAGACGGCAUCAACACCUUCACCUGUUUAUGUCCGCCCGGCUUCACUGGCAGCUACUGCCAGCAUGACAUCAACGAGUGCGACUCCAAACCCUGUCUGAACGGCGGCACAUGUCAAGACAGUUAUGGCACAUACAAGUGCACCUGUCUGCAUGGUUACACAGGACUCAACUGUCAGAACUUGGUUCAUUGGUGUGACACGUCUCCCUGUAAAAAUGGAGGAUCUUGCCGGCAGAGAGGAACCACCUACAGCUGCGAUUGUGAGACCGGCUGGACGGGCCUGUACUGCGAUGUCCCGAGUGUUUCCUGUGAGGUUGCAGCCAAACAAAGAGGAGUUGCUGUUUACCAACUCUGUCAAAACUCGGGUCAGUGUCUGGAUGUGGGAAACCGCCACUACUGUCGCUGUCAGGUGGGAUACACUGGGAGUUACUGCGAGGAGCAGGUGGACGAGUGUACGCCGAACCCCUGCCAGAACGGAGCCACCUGCACUGACUUUCUGGGUGGAUACUCCUGCAAGUGCAUGCCAGGAUACUUGGGGCCCAACUGUUCUGAGGAGAUCAAUGAGUGUUUCUCCCAACCGUGCCAGAAUGGGGGCACCUGCAUUGACCUGAUCAAUACCUACAAAUGCUCCUGUCCCCGAGGAACCCAAGGUGUUCACUGCGAAAUCAACGUGGACGACUGCAACCCGUCCACCGACCCCGUCACCAAAGAACCCAAGUGCUUCAACAUUGGCAGGUGUGUGGACGGCGUGGGAGGCUACCACUGCAUCUGCCCCGCGGGGUACGUGGGCGAGCGAUGCGAGGGGGACGUCAACGAGUGUCUGUCCAACCCCUGCGACCCGCGAGGCACGCGCAGCUGCACCCAGCUGACCAACAACUACCGCUGCGAGUGUCGCACCGGGUACACAGGUCAGCGCUGUGACCAAGUGUUUAAUGGCUGUAAGGGUAAACCUUGCCGUAAUGGAGGCACCUGUGCUGUAGCCAGUAACACGCCGCAUGGCUUCAUCUGCAAAUGUCCCCCAGGUUUCACUGGCUCCAGCUGUGAAUAUGACUCUCAGGCCUGCGGCAGCCUCCAUUGUCGCAACGGGGGCACCUGCAUCUCUGGCCACAACAGUCCGAAGUGUUUGUGUCUGCCGUCGUUCACCGGGCCUGAGUGUCAGUACCCCACCGACAGCCUCUGCAACUCCAGCCCCUGCUACAAUGGCGGCACGUGUGAAUACGCCGCCGAGGCUCCGUUCUACCGCUGCGUCUGCCCCUCCAACUUCAACGGCUUCCGCUGCCACAUUUUGGACUACGGCUUCCGCGGAGGCUUCGGCCAAACCAUCCCGCCGCCGACGGACUACGAGGUGGCCUGCAGCAUCCCAGAGUGCGAGGAGCUGAAGCACAACAAGUUCUGUGACGCGCGCUGCAACAACCACACGUGCGGCUGGGACAACGGUGACUGCUCGCUCAACUUCGACGACCCGUGGAAGAACUGCUCAGCCGCGCUGCAGUGCUGGCGAUACUUCAACAACGGGAAAUGCGACUCGCAGUGUGACAAUGCCGGAUGUCUCUACGACGGCUUUGACUGCCAGACUUUGGAGGGACAGUGCAAUCCUUUGUAUGACCAGUACUGCAAGGACCACUACGCUGACGGCCACUGUGACCAGGGUUGCAACAAUGCAGAGUGCGAGUGGGACGGCUUGGACUGCGCCAACAACAUGCCUGAGAAGCUCGCCGUGGGCCAGCUGGUCGUGGUCGUCCACAUCACCCCCAAUCAUCUCCUCAACAACUCCUUCGGCUUCCUGCGCGAGCUGAGCCGCGUCCUCCGAACCAACGUCAUAUUCAGGAAGGACACAAAGGGGGAGAUGAUGGUCUACCCGUACUACGGAAACGAACACGAGCUCAAGAAGUACAACGUCAAGCGUUCGGUGGACUCUUUGUCUGAGAUUCCUGACAAGGUGCUGAAUGUGAUGAAGAGGAGUCUGUAUGACGUGGCAGGCAGCGGCAUGAGAGCCAGGAGGGAGCUUGAUCAUGUGCAAGUUAAAGGAUCAAUCGUCCACUUGGAGAUGGACAACCGUCAGUGCUUCCAGCAGUCCAACGAGUGUUUCCAGAGCUCCGAUGACGCCGCUGCUUUCCUCGGAGCAUUGGAGUCCAGCGGCAAACUGGACGUUCCCUUUACUAUUGAAGCUGUUUACAGUGGCGUUGACCUGCAGCCGUCCGACGGACUCUACGCCAUGUAUUUGGUGCUGGGCGGCGUCGGGAUACUGGCCUUCCUGGGAGUGGGAAUGGUGGCAGCCCGAAAGCGGCGCCACGAGCACGGGCGCCUCUGGCUUCCUGAGGGUUUCAAGACCACAGAGACCAGCAAGAAGAAGAGACGGGAGCCCGUCGGAGAGGACUCAGUCGGACUGAAGCCACUGAAAAACACCUCUGAUAUUUCUCUGAUGGACGACAACCCGAACGAAUGGGGAGAGGACGAACCUGCGGAUGUGAAACGCUUCAAACUUGACGAGCAGGCGGUGCUGGACGCCGACGACCAGACGGACCACCGCCAGUGGACCCAGCAACACCUGGACGCCGCUGAUCUGCGCAUCCCCUCCAUCGCUCCCACUCCCCCUCAGGGGGAGAUCGAAAACGACUGCAUGGAUGUCAACGUGCGAGGGCCAGAUGGGUUCACCCCACUGAUGAUCGCAUCCUGCAGCGGAGGAGGAUUGGAAACGGGCAACAGUGAGGAAGAGGAGGACGCCUCUGCCAAUGUCAUCAACGACUUCAUCUACCAGGGCGCUAACCUGCACAACCAGACCGACCGUACCGGCGAGACGGCUCUUCACCUGGCGGCUCGGUACGCCCGCUCUGACGCUGCCAAACGGCUGCUGGAGGCCAGUGCCGACGCCAACAUCCAGGACAACAUGGGCCGGACGCCGCUGCACGCCGCUGUGGCCGCCGACGCCCAGGGAGUCUUUCAGAUUCUGAUCAGGAACCGCGCCACAGAUCUGGACGCCCGCAUGCAUGAUGGCACCACACCCCUGAUCUUAGCUGCCAGGCUGGCAGUGGAGGGCAUGGUGGAGGAGCUCAUCAACUGUCACGCAGAUGUGAAUGCCAUCGACGACUUUGGUAAAUCAGCUCUACACUGGGCUGCAGCAGUAAAUAAUGUAGAGGCUGCUAUUGUUCUACUAAAGAAUGGAGCCAACAAGGACAUGCAGAACAACAAGGAGGAAACUCCUCUGUUCCUGGCUGCCAGAGAAGGAAGCUAUGAAACUGCCAAGGUCUUACUGGAACAUUUCUCGAAUAGAGAAAUUACGGACCACAUGGACCGGCUCCCCAGGGACAUCGCACAGGAGCGGAUGCACCAUGACAUCGUGAGGCUGCUGGACGAGUACAACCUGGUACGAAGCCCCCCCAUGCACGGCGGCUCCCUGAGCAGCGCCCUGUCCUCCCCGCUCUGCUCACCCAGCGGCUUUCUGGGCGGCAUGAAGCAGCCGCAGCCUCAAAGUCAAGGCCAGGGGAAGAAAACCCGCAAGCCCAGUCAUAAAGGGAUUUGCUGCAAAGACGGCAAAGACAUGAAGGUGAAGAAGAAGAACUCUCAGGACGGGAAGUCUGGGACUCUCCUGGACAGCUCGGCUGUCCUAUCGCCCGUAGACUCGCUGGAGUCUCCUCACGGUUACGUUUCUGACGUGGCGUCGCCGCCAAUGAUGACCUCCCCGUUCCAGCAGUCGCCGUCCGUGUCUCUGAACCACCUGCAGGGCAUGGCGGACCCCCACCUGGCCGUGAACCACAUGGUGAUGCCCAACAAGCAGGAGCUGGCCCGGAUGCAGUUCGACCCGCUGCCUCCCCGCCUCACCCACCUGCCGGUGUCCGGCUCGGCCGCACAAGGCGCCAUGGGCGGCCAGUGCGACUGGCUGGCCAGGAUGCACAGCGGCAUGAGCCAGGCGGGGCAGUUCAACCCUCUGAGAGCGCCCCCCGGAGGCCAAAGCGGCCUUCACCAGGGGAUGAUCGCAUCGCCGCUUCACAACGGCCACCCCAACUCCAGCCUGUCACAGAUGAUGACCUACCAGGGCCUGCAGAACAGCCGACUGGGCCCGCAGACCCACAUGAUGCAGCAGAUGCAGAACCUGCAGCAGCUGCAUCAGCAGCACCAGAACUCUAACCCGACCAGCAGUCAGAACUUCAUCAGCGGGGAUCUCAGUUCCCCUGAGCUCCAGCAGGGGGCGGCCAACUCCAGCAUGCCCAUACACACCAUCCUCCCUCAGGAGAGCCAGAUCAUGCCCAGCACCCAGUUCCUAACUCCUCCCUCCCAGCAUAGCUACUCCGGCCCGAUGGACAAUACCCCCAGCCAUCAGGUCCAGGUGCCGGACCACCCAUUCCUGACCCCGUCACCCGGGUCCCCCGACCAGUGGUCCAGCUCGUCCCCCCACUCCAACAUGUCCGACUGGUCAGAGGGUAUUUCCAGCCCACCGACGAGCAUGCAGUCCCAGAUCGGACACAUAUCAGAACAGUUCAAGUAGGAAGCUGAGAGUCUCCGCACCCCAGAGGAUGAGCUGCUGUAUAUAUUUUUUA